AUGAUUGCUAUGUUUACUACAUUAUUAAUGUUUUAUGUUAGUCAAAACAAUAUUAUUUCAUUAUUAAUUGCUAUCGAAAUUUUAUUAUUAACUGUUACUGUUAAAAUUAUUUAUUUAGGUGGUCAAUUUGAUGAUGUUCAAUCUACAAUAUUUGCUUUAUUUAUUAUUCUUUUAGCUGGAGCUGAAUCUGCUAUUGGUUUAAGUUUAUUAGUUUCUUAUUACAGGUUAAGAGGGAAAGUUACUAAUAUUUUAUAA